CCCCCCACCCCCACCCACCUACACAGAAUGACAAACGCUUUUCUUGACAGCCAUUCCCGAGCUUACGAAUUUAAGUCUAACUUUUAAACAAAAGGCAGGACUCACUAGCAUUGUUUUUCUUUUUUUUUUUUUUCUUUUUUUUUUUUUUCUUAACAACCGAACUACCAUCUCUAGAACCAGUACAAGCCAGAUAAGAACAAUAUUGAUUUGCUCUCUUGUACAUGUUAUUGCAUGUUACAAGGAGUGUACUAGAAUAUAUACUCUUGCAAACUGCUCUUUCUGGUAUAGUCUAGAUGCAACCGAUCUUGCAAGCACACAGGAACAGAAUACGAAUGUUGGUUGCGAACAAUCGUAUUUUGAAAAUACGUCUCCUAUUUUUUCCCUCAGUUAUUGAAAUUCCGUCGAAAACGACAAAAAGUGAUAUAGACAUCAGAGGAAACGUGCCAUUUUCUUAAGGCUGUGGUGACAACUCUGAUGAUGGCCAAGAUGUGGCAGAUCCAGAUUUCUCUCCUGAGACAGUUGGUACUUGGCAAUGAUAGCUCGGAUGAAGAUGGCCUUUUAUGCCUGCCCAUGAAGAGGGAAGUGCUCCUACUCAACAGCCACAGAAACCAUGUGCCAAGAAACGUAGACUAACUGCAGAAACUGUAGUUGUAGUUCAGCCUGGUCCUGAGCUUCCUAAUCUCUAUCCACCAGAGGAUGAUUUUACCAAGCCAGAUGAUCUCCAAACACCUUGUGAAUAUUUUUCUCAGUUCUUUUCACGUGGAAUGAUUGGUCAUUUAUCACUCUACACAAACUUGACAAGAGCUGACAUACUGCAUUCAAACAUAUGUUACUCUACACUGGUAGAGCAUUUACCACCAGUUGAAGAUUACUGGAGUUUGCAGCUGCGGUACGACCAGGCAGUUAAGUAAAUGAGUGCCAAAAGGUUCAAGUCCCUGGCUUUUGCACAAGUGAGGAGCCAAAAUGCUGAAUCGGAAGGUCAUGCCUGUCGCUGUGAAACAGCCAGUACCAUGGUAAAGGUGAACAAAAAGAUUAGUGCUGGAAAACGCCCGUCUCAAAGCACCACCCCAGACAACAGUAACACACACAAAAAAACACACUGGUUUUCGGUAUGACUGCAUUGAUCACUGGGCGAUGCCCACGGGAUCAGAGGCUCAGUCAAGGGGGCGCUGUGGUCAUUGUCACACGGGGGAUUCUGGUUUCAAACGCAUGAAUGUGUGAUGUGCUCGUGUCCAAAAAAAGCAAGGUUCUUUUGUGAUAUAAGAAGUAAAUCUCCAAGAUCCUCUUAGUAUAAAUUUCCAAAGGCAGGCACUGUGAGCUAAAUACUUUCAGUUGUGUUUGAAAGAAAUAAUUUGAAUAAUUAUUCAAAUGUCUUUCAAAAUAGCUGUGAUGGUAUGCCUCAUGUUGUUUUUGGCUAUCAGCUAUUUACAUCGAUGAUUUUUCAUUAUGUUUCAUGUAUUUUUAUGCAUAUA